AUGAGAGUUCAAGAUUUACAAGCCACUCGGGGAAAAUUGCUUGGGCGUUCGUUUGUUUCUGGCUCCCACGGCGACAUUAUCAAUGGCAAUCACCGUGCACCCCACCGGUCGGGGCUUCCGUCGAACGCGCUCGCCGCUCAUACCGGCAGCGCACCUCGUCGACAGUGUUCAGUGCGCUCGCAAACCAGCACGCAGACUGUAACAGCUUGUGUCAGUUCUCACGUACUCAGCUCGGGAUUGGGAUCGACACUAUCGAUACGUUCUGGGAACAAAAUGCACAACGGAAUU